UGCUUACUGAACUGCUGCUUCAACACACGCAGCUCAGCUGGUAUGGAGUGCGUGAUGCAUUUUUUGCUGGUAUGCUGCUUUCGCCUCAUACCUCGGUCACUUAUUUCAGAGAUCUUUGCAAGACUGUAGCUGGGUUUUUUUUAACGCGACAUCUUCUAGCAGUUGUGAUUUGACCAGUGAAGCAGGAGGAAAAAAAAACACUGAACUGUUACAGGAUGUGGUUUUUUUAAAACUGAACACGCAGCAAUGAAGAUUAAGAUUUUUGAUGCAUGACGUUUUGAACAGCAAAAGGAAGUCAACGGACAAAUUUGGACCCCAAAAUUUCAAUCGUAAAAUUUGUGUAAGAAUCAGGCGAGUUUUGCGUAUGGCUCAAUUUUCCCGUGUACUUAUUGGGGCAGUUUGAUGUGCUUUGUUGCACUCGGCAUUUUUGAGUUAGUUCUUGCUCGUAAAGCUUAUCCAAGUUUCCUUCGGGGAUCUGUAACUUCCUUCCCUGAGAUGAGAGUAUCUUUAAUUGUGGUCGUAUUUUGAUUGCUUACAAUUCUUGAAAGGGGGUUGCUGAUUCCUUUGCAACAAUUUUUGGCAGAUUUUCUCAGCAUCUGCCAAAAUGGGUUGUGGCCUACCAAAGCUGGAGAAGUCGAAUGAAAACAGUCCAGGCAAAAUCUAUUCAACUCUUAAACGACCACAAGUGGAAACUAAAGUAGGAAUAGCCUAUCAGUAUAAGGUCCUGGACUUCACCACAGCUGAGACAGAGAUAACAGAGUCAUCCGCAGUCAAGCUUUCUUCAUUACAUCAUCUUCCUACUCAAUUACAUGAAUUUUAUCAGAAGGGCUUUGUACUUGCUGGUAUUCACCCAUUCAUACACUGCAUUGAUGUGCGGAAGGGCACGCCAGAAGAGACAAUGUUCAGGGCCAUUUUGAUCAAACCAGCAGCAAGCUCUGAUGAGAAUAAUAUCAAGACUGAGCCAUGCUGCCUUGAAGUAGAAUUGAGUUUGCUGUCCAAUCAACUUCCUAAAUCAAAAGGGCUAACAGAUAUUCUUCAAAAAGCACAAGAGGAAUCAAGAAAAGGUCUACGAUUUGUCGGAUUUGUGCAGCAGCAAAAUUCUCCUGCUGAUCCAGCCGAAAAUCAUGAAGGAAACUUAACUGUUAAUAAUACUUUACGUCAAAACAACUCAAUGAAAGGAGAAAAGAAUGCUUGUCAAAACACACCAAACAAUACCACUCGAGAGAAACCCGAACAAAAUCAGGAAGCAGUAGCUACAGAGGGCAAGGCAAAACACAAUGUAAAUCAAGGAGAGGCAUCCCUGGAUGAAGGACAAAGUGCUUCAGAUCAAGCGAAAAACAAUGAACAAAUCAAUGGGCAAUCCAAGGCAGAAUUAACAAGUCAGGAAUGUCAAGAUGAUGCUGGCGAGAUUAAAAAUAAGAACACAACUGACUGUGAGUCAGAAAGCAAAGUUGCUGCUCAACCAGAAGCUCCAGCACAAGCAGAAACAUUUGAAACGAACACAGCAGAACGCCUGCAGAGUAAGAGUCCACCUGGACAGGAGAAGUCUCCCGUAGCAACCGACAAGUGCAAUGACGUGAAGCACACAACAGAGAGCUGUGAAGCAACUGAAGCAACAAAUUUGUCUGAAAGUAUUGACACCAAACAGCAAGAACACCUGAGACUGACAAAGCCUGAGGAGAGUGGAAAGAAGAAUGUGGAGAAUGAAGUGUUCCUCCUUUUCAAUAAACAAGAAAGCCAGAAAUCUUACAAGUACUACACAGUUACAAUUCCACUGAAGAUCUGUAAGAAGGGACAGGAUAUUAACAGCAUAGAAGCAAAUUGGCUAGAGCACAUGACCCAACACUUCACAAAGGGAGCCUUGUUGGUGGAUGCUUUGAUUUGUCUGGGAACAUUGACCGAUUCUGUACCGAAAUCAGUGGAUGGGCUGUUUAUAUUUGAAGGAGUUUCUGAGGACAAGUGUGAAAGUUAUGAUGCCAUUGUUGUCGAGCAGUGGACAGUGAUUAACGGAGUUGAGGUGAAAACAGAUUAUGUUCCUUUGCUGAAUUCUCUGGCUGCAUAUGGUUGGCAGUUAACCUGUGUGCUUCCUACUCCUAUAAUAAAGGGAGACAGUGAAGGGAAUCUUGCUACAAAACAGAUUGUUUUUCUCCAGAGGCCCUCACUACCCAGCAAAGACAAGAAAAAGGAAUCAAAGAAAAAGUCAAUAAAAGAUGACAAGUCAAGCAAGCAAGAAAAAAAUUGCCUGCAAGAUAAAAUGGCCAAAGUGACUGUGCAAGUAAAGAAUUCUACAGGAGGCUGUGAUGAAAAUGAGAAACAAGAACAAAGUGUUGCAAAGAAUGGUGACAAUGAAAGCGCUGAAAAUGGAAUAUCCUUGAGAACAGACGGGAACGAAAAGGAAGCCCCUGAAGCUGAAGCAGCCCGAGACAGUGCUUGUGCGACAAAUGCUGAAACUGAGAAAUGCAUGGAAAUGGUUGGGAAUAUGGAUGUGUCAGAAAAUAUAGUCAAGGAGACCGGCGGCAACAGUGAUAUCUGUGGACAAGUUGAUAGGAAAGAUGAACAGGAAGCAUGUGAGGAUAAAUGUCAAAAUAGCAAAAUUAGUGUUUGUGAGGAAGAGGCCAAACCAACAAAAACAGAUGCUAAAAUAAGCAGUGAAUGUGUUGACACCAGUCAGCCGCUUGGCAGCACACCAGCUGCAGAGGUAGGAACCAAGAACACAGAGGAAACAGGUAUAUCCAAUGCAGAAAAAAGUAAUAAGGUAACUGAGGAACAUGAGAACGUCACUCCGGUACAAGAGGAUGAUGGUACAGUCACUGAAUAAAACAGAAUUCCAGUUUGAGAAAUCUAGACAAAAAUCAAAAGGAAAUGGUCCUGCAUUUUGUCCUUUGGCGUAAUCUUGCUAGGCAGAUUUCAAUGUACUUCUUAAUGUUAAUAUUGUGCCACACAUUGUGCAUGAUCUCUCCCUCUCUCUCUCUCUCUCUCUCUCAUACACACCGACACACACACACACGCACGCACAAACACACACACACACAAACACGCGUGCACAAACACACACAUGCACAAACACACGCACAAACACACACACUCAUGUGUGCACAAACACACACACACACACACACACACACACACACACACAGACACACUGUAGAAACAGGUAUUGUAAGGUGACAUUUUGUUUUUGUUUAAUGAUUCUGAAAAUCAUGGGCAUGACUUGCUAAAAUUACUAAUAUGUUGAAAUGCGCUGGAGAUAAAUACCUUUUGUGUUGGUCAAGUGAGGUAGCAAACUUUGAGGAGUUAAUGUAAUAUCAAACACAACAUUUUUAUAUAAAAACAAAUGACUUCUGUUCAACAGCUUUUUUUACAAGAUAAUGUGUUCCACUAUCAUUUAAUAUUCGCUAUGUCAAUAAAGGAUUUUCUUAG